CAGAGACUAACUCGUGCGCUCGCUUUCGGGAUAGUGAGGUGAAAUCGGUACAGGUGCUUUGGAAGAACUUUGUAUUGUAGUACACAAGCAGCGGCGAGUGAUUUUUUUCCGACUGAAUACACACGAUAUGGCAAUGAGUAUAAAAACGGUCCUCGGGACGAACGAGUUGACGGACAGGAAGGCGGGCCUGUUCCGGGCUCUGGUGGCCGAAUUCCUGGGGACGAUGCUGCUCAACUUUUUCGGCUGCGGUGCCGUGAUGACCGGCAGCAUACUGGCCAUCAGCUUCUCGUUCGGUUUGACCGUGGCGGCGGCCAUAACGGCUAUCGGCCACAUAUCCGGCGGCCACGUCAAUCCAGCGGUCACCUGUGGUAUGCUCGCCAUCGGCAAGGUGCCCGUUAUCCGAGCAUUGCUCUACGUGGCGGUCCAGUGCGCGGGGGCGAUAGCCGGCUCGGCGGUGCUGCGCGCCCUGUCCUCCGAGAUGAUGGAGCCGAGCUUGGGGGCCGUCGAGCUCAAGAACAACCUCACGCCCGUCCAGGGUAUGGGGGUCGAGUUCUUCCUGGCCUUCAUCCUCGUGCUCGUCGUAUGCGGGGCCUGCGAUCCGGGAAAACCAGAGAACAAGCCCCUCGCACCGCUCAUCAUCGGACUCGCCGUCACCAUUGGCCACAUCGUCGGCAUCCCGCGUACGAGCACGGGUAUGAACCCGGCACGCGCUCUAGGCGCCGCGGUGGUCAAAGGUGCUUAUCCGGACCAUUGGCUCUACUGGGUUGGACCGAUUCUCGGUGGAGUGGCAGGUGCGCUUAUCUACACCCACGCGCUGGGACCGGCCAAGGAAGCCGAGCUACCGCGGUCGUACACGACCGUCGCUACCGAGGAGAAGGAGGUAUAA